AUGACAAACAUAGUUUUUAUAUUUAGUGAUAAUCUUACUCGAGAAUUCUCACAUCCUUCAAAACUAAAACGAAAAUAUACUGAUGUUAAAAGAAAACGUUCAACGCCGCUACCUCUUCCUAUCAUUGAAUAUCCCGUUGAAAAACCUGUAUUUCGAUUUCCAACAUUUGAUCAGCUAAAUGAUGCUAUUGAAUAUCAGACAAAGCAUUAUUAUCUCGUUAGUGACGUAGAAGAAUUUUAUCAAUUCUAUAACUCAUUGCCUGAUCAUCAUCGUUAUGUUCAUGAAGUUCUACGUGCAAAUGUCAAAUGUAAACUAUAUUUUGAUUUAACUUAUUCUUAUGAACAAAAUCCAAAUAUUGAUCCAUUUCACCUAACUAGAACAUUUACACAUUUCAUGUUAGCAACAAUCAAUCAGUUACAUCCAGAAUGUGAACAAUAUAAAAUGGAACAAGCCCUGAUUUUAGAGGAAAAAUAUCUGUCUGUACAAUCUCCACUUACAGUACAAAAUAAAGAUUGUAUACUCAACAUUAAACCAAUGGAUACCGUAGAUAUUAACAAUUUUAAUGAGAGAGAAGCCAUGCAUGUGAUGAAAGAUGGAAAAAAUUUAGAUACACUAGUGAAACAAGAGCGAUCAAUGUCAUUGCUGGAAUGUCAUCGUCAUGUUAUUAUUCAGCCAAUUGGAAAUUUAUUUCAAAAUAAGCAUAAAGUUGGUGAAUGCAUUAUGGAGACGUUAAAACAUGUUUAUUAUUUAUUAGUAACUCAUAAAUGCACUGAAAUUAUACCGGCUACUAUUCAAACAGAUUUUUCAUUGAGAUCCACCACAUUCAUUCAAAAAAGCCAAUCCAUGGUUGACGAUUUAGUUCCUCAUUUAUUUAAAUUUGCCAAAUGCCAAUGUAAAGAUCAAAUAAGUGGAUUAUUAUAUAAAGAUUUGUGUCAAUUUAUCGUCAAAGAUGUAAAUGGAUCAUAUAGAUGGUGCUGUAAUUUGAAUGUUUAUAUUGGAAAUCGUUUUAAUCCGCUUUACAAAUCGCAGUUUACUAUUGCACAAGACAAUCAAUGGACACCAUUUCACAAUAACAACGAUUAUCAGUAUUUUCAUGCCACACUACUUCAACAUCAGCCAAAUCCUCCACAUCGAGCCUAUCAAUCUUCCAUUGUCAAACGUUUAACAAUGGAUAUAUCUCAUGAGGAAUUUCAAUUAAUUACGAGUUGUUCAGGCAUGUAUUCUUAUAGUCCAUUUAAUGAAUUAGAUAAAUUAUUUGAAUCAAUUUUACAUGGUCAACAAACGAAAGAACGUGGUGUCAUCAAACAUUGGUCAUAUAAGAGUGAAACAAAAAUGCUGACCUAUACAACUGAGAAUUAUCAAAUGUGUCACAUAGUAAAACAAUAUCAUCACAAAAAAGCUAAAUUUAUAAUAAAAUUUUUAGUUCUUCAUCGAACAGAAGUAGAUCUAUUCGUUAUAUAUUCUAGUUUUAUUAUUGAUUUUUUGCAUAAUUCAUGGUAUCAAAUAUGUUCCGAUUCAAAGUGUAAUGGACUUCAAUCGCUCGAUGAUUGGUUACCAUUUCUAUUUACUAUGCCUUGGUUAACAACAAAAAAAUAUGAUUUAUCAGCCAUUGAGAAUAUUGUAAACUUACGUAAAUGA